GGUACAACGCGGGAGCACCUGGGUCUGGCCAUGGCUCUGAAGGUGCCCAUCUUCAUUGUGGUCAGUAAGGUGGACCUGUGUAAGCGCGACACGGUGGAGCGCACUGUCCGGCAGCUGGAGCGCAUCCUCAAACAGCCCGGCUGCAACAAGGUGCCUCUGGUGGUGUCCACUGCUGACGAUGCGGUCACAGCCGCACAGCAGUUCGCUCAGUCACCCAGGUACACACUCACACACACGUGCAGUGUCAUGAUCUAUGGACAUGAUGAGUACUUAAUGUACUGUACGUACACAGCCACCCAGGGUUCCACCCACAAUGUUAGUGUCAUAAUUGGUCAUUUGAUGUUGGUCAUGGUGUGUGUUGUCAUGUCCCUGGUCAUGUGACAGUGGUGGUGCUGUUUCCUGUACAGCAUCACUCCCAUCUUCACCGUGUCCAGCGUGUCUGGGGAAAGUCUGGAUCUGCUCAAGGUCUUCUUCAACAUCAUCCCCCCACUCAGCAACAGCAAGGAGCAGGAGGAGCUCAUGCAACAGCUCACUGAGUUUCAGGUAACACACGCACAAACAGACACAUGCACAUACUGUAAAUAAAUAGCAUACAUGUAAAUGUGUGUUUGACAGUGUGUGCUUUCCCUGUAGGUGGAUGAGAUCUACACAGUGCCUGAUGUGGGGACAGUGGUGGGAGGAACUCUAUACAGGUCAGUGCACUGAUAUAGGAGCCCUUUGUCUCUGUCAGUGUCUUGUCCUCUCCUCUCUAUAAGUCAUGUUCCUUUUCUUACCUAGUUCUCCUUCCUUGUAGAGUAGCAUCUAUCUGACCUUCCCCCGUCGCGUUUGUCUUAAUACAUUUCUCUCUCUCUCGUUGUAGUGGUGGUAUCUCUCGAACUGUCCAUCCAUUGGUAUCUGUCUAACUCUCAUCCCUCUCUCCCUCUCCAUUGAGAUCGAACUGUCAUCCCUCUCUCCCUCUCCAUUGGUAUCGAACUGUCAUCCCUCUCUCCCUCUCCAUUGGUAUCGAACUGUCAUCCCUCUCUCCCUCUCCAUUGGUAUCGAACUGUCAUCCCUCUCUCCCUCUCCAUUGGUAUCGAACUGUCAUCCCUCUCUCCAUCUCCAUUGGUAUCGAACUGUCAUCCCUCUCUCCCUCUCCAUUGGUAUCGAACUGUCAUCCCUCUCUCCCUCUCCAUUGGUAUCGAACUGUCAUCCCUCUCUCCCUCUCCAUUGGUAUCGAACUGUCAUCCCUCUCUCCCUCUCCAUUGGUAUCGAACUGUCAUCCCUCUCUCCCUCUCCAUUGGUAUCGAACUGUCAUCCCUCUCUCCCUCUCCAUUGGUAUCGAACUGUCAUCCCUCUCCAUUGGUAUCUGUCAAACUCUCAUCCCUUUUCUCUCCAUCCAUCAAGUGGUAUCUGUCAUGAGGGGGAGCAGCUGGUUGUGGGUCCUACAGACUCAGGUCAGUUCCUCAAGUUGACAGUGUGCAGCAUCCAAAGGAACCGCUCGGCAUGCAGGGUACUGAGGGCCGGCCAGGCCGCCACGCUCGCACUGGACACUUUCGACCGUUCACUGUUACGCAAGGUGAGAUGCUCAAACUGUGUACUUGUAUUUCACCCAAGCUGCUGCAACUGAGUUGUAAAUCUCUGUCCAUCCUGGUUUAUGCAGUAGUGUUUGCCUUCAGUUUCUAUUAUCAACAUGUUUUCCAUUGUUCCGUUUCAUUGUGUUUAAUGACUGUACUUACUGUGUGUUCCCUCCCAGGGUAUGGUGAUGGUGAGUCCAGAGAUGAACCCCACUAUCUGUUGGCUGUUUGAGGCUGAGAUCGUGUUGCUGUUCCACGCCAAGACCUUCCACAAGGGCUUCCAGGUCACUGUGCACGUGGGCAACAUCAGACAGACUGCUACUGUGAAGGCUGUGCACGGCAAGGUCAGUCCUCCACCUUACCACAAUCCUCUCUUUCUGGGGAAACCCUGCAGUCAAAGACAGAACAUUUUAUGAAGUAGUGUUGCACGGUAUACCGAAACUUCGGUACUUUUUCGAUACUAGAACAUGAGAAGCCGUUUGGUACUAUAAUUUUUUACAACUUUCGGUACUUCACGGAUCAAGCCUGUCUAUAUUGGCGCAGCUGACCCCUUAUUAUAGUGAAAACUGUGCCUGCUCCACUUACUCAUUGCUAGCCUGCACUGGGAGUCUAGGCUGUAUCAUGUUAGCUCCCCACUCAUGCUGCACAUAAGUUAACAUACUUGAAUAAAUCUGGUAUUGUGACAACACUAGUUUGAAGGAUUUGUAGAAUGAAUAGUUAUGAAGUGUUAACAUACAGUGGUAAUAUUCUAUACAAGUCUUCCUCUAUGAAAUUAAUACAAGUCUUCUAUGAAACUAAUCCAUCUAUCUGUGUACCACAGGAGGAGCUGAGGACAGGCGAGAAGGCGGUGGUAUGUUUUAAGUUCAUUAAGCACCCAGAGUACCUGAAGGUGGGGGCCAAGCUGCUGUUCAGAGAGGGAGCCACCAAAGGCAUCGGCCAGGUCACCAAGCUACAACCUGUCUCCCAGUCACAGCCCUCACAGAGUGAGGAGGAGGACGAGGCCUAG